GAGCUAUAGCCGAGCCGGACUGCGCUUCCUUCCUCCUUCGACGGUGUCACAGAAGGCGCAGAUAGCCACCAGCUCCGCUGUAAGCCACGCCGAGGCAGGCCAUGGAGUACGAAGCGCCGCCCAGGAAGAAGCGGGUGCAGCUAAGCUGCGAGCCGUGCCGUCGCUCCAAGCUCAAGUGCGACCGGCGUGGGCCCCUCUGCUCGACGUGCGAGCGCAGGUGCAUCCCCGAGUCACGGUGCCGCUACGACAGCGCAAGCGCCCCAGUCCGAGCUAGCACAAGCAGCAGCAGCAGCAGCAGUGGUGGUGGUGGUGGUGGUGGUGGUGGUGUAGGCAGCAGUGGUACUGGCGUCGGGAUUGGCGCCGCUCCUGGCCGUGCGACGCCCGCAUCGUCGACACUCGCAGGCUCGCCGGCAGGACCGCUGCUGGACGGCGAGGACUCGCUGGCCGGGGCUGUGCGCGAGGCGAGGGAGCUGCUGCCCCGCCACCCGUCGCAGCUCGACGCCAUCCUCGAGGUGCACUCGGUCCACGUCAACCCGACGCUGCCCACGUACGACACCGAGGCCAUGCACCAGUGGGCCCGCCAGCUGUACCUCCCAAGUCACGCCUCCAAGCCGGCUGCUGCCGACGCCGAGGACAGCGACGAGGCGACGCGGCUCGCGUGGGUCUGCGCCGUCAUGGCCGCCGUGUACGAGGUCGUCGCCCCGAUCCGGCUCAUUCUCUGGGGCAUUGUCGACGACGACGCCGAGUCGGUGCCCGAGCUGACGCGGCGCUGCAUCCGCUCGUCGUCCGACUGCUUCCGCGCCGCCCUGGCCGCGGGCUGCAGCACACGCCACCUCGCCCAGGCCGGCAUCUCGCUCCUGUCGACGCCCUGGAUCUCCUUUUCGCCCGCGCGCCGCUCCGCCAUCCUCGACGCAUGCAUCCGCAUUGCCCGCCGCCUGGGCCUCGACAGCCUGGGCCGUGGCGACGACGUGCACGAGGACCGGGAGCGCGUGACGGGACGCGCCCUCUGGCUCGCCCUUGUGGCCGCCGACUGGGACGCAGCGCCGUUCAACGGCAGCUUCACCAUCUUUCCUUCGACGUUCACCUCCGAGUGGUGCUUGGACAUGGAUACUGUCCAGCGCGACGAGCAACACUCCGACCCGGCCUGGCUCGAGGACCGGCUGCGGAUGUGCAUGUGGCCCUGGUUCAUCCGCAUCGCCACGGCGGCCCGGCUGCUGUGUGAGGCCGGCGUCAACGAUGCGAUGCGGCGCAACGACGUCGACUACGGCGCCGUGCUGCGCCUCGAUGCUAAAAUUCAAGCCUACCUCGACGUGCUGCCCGAGUACCUGCGCGUCGACGUCAAGCGCGAGAUGCGCCGCGACGGGUCCAACGAGCGGCUCAAGAAGCGCCUCGCGCUGCGCAUCCAGUCGUGCCACAUCGCCAGCGGUUUUCACGGCACCCUCCUCUCGCUCCACCUACCUUACCUCAUCAAGGGCUACACCGACCCGCUCUCGGCCCAGGUCGCCUCCGUCGACCGCGCCGUGCUCAUGGCUGGCUUCAUCGCAAAGGGCACCCAGCGCAUGGCGCAAAAGAGCCUGCUCAUGGACCGCACCUGGCGCUUCCGCCACCGCGUCUUCCAGGCCGGCCUCGUCCUGCUUCUUGAUCUGCUUCUCCUCUCCCGGCCGACGAGCCGCGAGACGAGCGAGAAGCUGGCCUUUAUCAUCGACGCCCUGGGCGACGUGCCCCGCCAGGUGGGCCAGGCAGACCUCUCGGGCCGCCGCCUGAAGCGGCUCCUCGUCGACGGCAUCAAGAACCGGGGCUCGGGCCGGCCCAUUGUCAUGUUUGAGGACUGCGUGGCCGAGUACGCCGGUCGGGUGUAUCGCGACCCGCCGCCGGCGGCGCCUGCAAAAAAGCCUUCCUUUGCUGCAGCGACAACGACGUCGGCUCCAAUCACCAUGUCCUUCACUACCGCACUACCCACGCCGCCGAUGACCAUGCAUGCGUCGCCACCGCUCGACUCGUCAGCCCUGCUCGACAGCCUCCUGGCGUUUACCGCCUCGGACGAGGCCGGCCCUUCGGUCGAGGACAUUCUCUCGGAUCCGUUUUUGUUUGGCCUGUAAUUUUAAGCUUGCAAUCUCCGACUGAUUUCCGACGCGAUGUCCGACGCGUCUCCGUGCGCUGCUCAGCACGGUGCCUGCGCUGUGGUCGUCAUGGUGCCAUAUAAAUAAGGGCCCGGCCGCCGACAGUCCUUCUAGCUGAUGAUCCUGCCA